AGCCCUUUGCACAUUGCAGCAACACACGGCCACAUCAAUGUGGCUAAAACGCUGAUCCUCCACGGUUCGGAUGUCAAUGCCGCGGAUAAAGCUGGGCUGGCCCCAAUUCACUACGCGACGCAAAACAACCAAGGUCCAAUGGUGACCAUGCUUGCGGAGCAUGGAGCUGACGUCGACUUCUUGGACCCGGACGGUUGCACGCCUCUCUACAGAGCGGCAGAAAGUGGGAACAAAGCAAUGGUUGAGCGUUUACUGCGACAUGGAGCGAAGCUGAGCUAG